AGCUUCAGGAGCGGUACAGGGGAAAUCCAAAACCCUUCUUUUAUAAAACCUCAUCCGUCUCUGCCCACACGCACGCUUGGAGAAGUGGGGGAGCCUCGCAGCGAGCAUCAUCCACCCAAACCCACGAAACUUAGCGUUCCAAUCCGCCUUCAGGAAUGGCUUCAGCUUUCAGCACUAUGUCAUUUGCUGCUCCAACUGGCCUUGCAACAGACAGCAAGCUUUCAGCUUCUGCUAAAAGGUUUUCCCAAUUUUCUUCACUUUCCUUUAUAUCAUCUAGUUCCAUCAGUGGCAGGAGACAGAAUGUGUCUCUAAGGAAAAGAUGUAACUUAAAGAUUAAUGCAAUGGCCAAGGAGCUGUACUUCAACAAGGAUGGAUCAGCUAUUAAAAAGCUGCAAACUGGUGUUAACAAGCUUGCAGACCUUGUUGGUGUUACUCUUGGUCCGAAAGGCAGAAAUGUUGUUUUAGAGAGCAAAUAUGGAUCUCCUAGAAUCGUUAAUGAUGGGGUUACAGUGGCCAAAGAGGUUGAGCUGGAGGAUCCUGUUGAGAAUAUUGGUGCAAAGCUGGUAAGACAAGCUGCUGCAAAGACCAAUGACUUGGCUGGGGAUGGAACAACUACUUCUGUUGUUCUUGCUCAAGGUUUGAUUGCUGAAGGUGUUAAGGUGGUUGCAGCAGGAGCCAACCCAGUUCAGAUUACUCGUGGCAUUGAGAAAACUGCUAAAGCACUAGUUUCUGAACUCAAGAAAAUGUCUAAGGAGGUUGAAGACAGUGAACUUGCAGAUGUAGCUACAGUUAGUGCUGGAAACAACUAUGAAAUAGGAAACAUGGUAGCUGAUGCCAUGAGCAAGGUGGGUAGGAAGGGGGUGGUUACACUUGAAGAAGGCAAAAGUGCAGAAAACAGCCUUUAUGUGGUGGAGGGAAUGCAAUUUGAUCGUGGUUAUAUUUCCCCCUACUUUGUAACAGACAGUGAAAAAAUGUCAGCUGAAUAUGAGAAUUGCAAGUUGCUUCUUGUGGACAAGAAAAUCACAAAUGCAAGAGAUCUGAUCAAUGUUUUGGAGGAUUCCAUAAAAGGGGGUUAUCCAAUAUUGGUAAUUGCAGAAGACAUUGAACAGGAAGCCCUUGCAACUCUUGUCGUGAACAAGCUUAGAGGGGCAUUGAAAAUUGCUGCAAUUAAAGCCCCUGGAUUUGGAGAGCGCAAAAGCCAAUACCUAGAUGACAUUGCGAUACUGACUGGAGCUACUGUAAUAAGAGAUGAAGUUGGGCUUACCUUGGAUAAAGCUGACAAAGAGGUCUUGGGUACUGCUGCGAAGGUUGUACUAACCAAAGACUCAACCACCAUAGUUGGUGAUGGGAGCACACAGGAGGCAGUAAAUAAAAGAGUUGCACAGAUCCGGAAUCUGAUGGAGGCUGCUGAACAAGAAUAUGAAAGGGAAAAGCUUAAUGAGAGGAUAGCAAAACUCUCUGGUGGUGUUGCUGUCAUUCAGGUUGGAGCGCAAACAGAAACAGAACUGAAAGAGAAAAAAUUGAGAGUUGAAGAUGCUCUCAAUGCUACCAAGGCGGCUGUUGAGGAAGGUAUUGUUGUUGGUGGUGGCUGUACUCUUUUGAGGCUUGCAUCAAAGGUUGAUGCUAUCAAGGAGACUCUUGAGGAUGAUGAGCAAAAGGUUGGGGCAGAGAUAGUGAGGAGGGCUUUGAGCUACCCACUGAAAUUGAUUGCUAAAAAUGCUGGUGUCAAUGGAAGUGUGGUCACUGAGAAGGUGCUUGCUAGUGACAACCUUAAAUAUGGUUAUAAUGCUGCAACUGGAAAAUACGAGGAUUUGAUGGCUGUGGGUAUUAUUGACCCAACUAAGGUGGUGAGGUGCUGUUUGGAGCAUGCAGCUUCAGUCGCCAAGACCUUCCUAACCUCGGAUGUUGUGGUUGUUGACAUCAAGGAGCCUGAGCCUGUUCCUGCAGGAAACCCAAUGGACAAUUCAGGGUAUGGGUACUAAUGAAGCUUGGGAUGAUAAGAAGCAUAGGAUCGUCCAGGCUGGAGUUAGCAAUUAGAGGUCUUUCUUUUUGUAAAUUUGAUUGCGAUUAUGGAUCUGAGAUGCAAGGUUAGUGAUAUGGUUAUGGAUUUGCGGCAUGUGAUAUCAGCUUGUUGGUGCAACAAUGUCAUUGUAUUUUUGAGAAACCAACGCUAGCUUAGAAUGAUUUACGUGCUGUCGGUUAAAAGAACUUCUCUUAAUAUUAACAAUUAACUUGUAGCGCGCACUCAA